AACCUGCUCCGUCCUCUCUCCCCCGGCAGAGAUGCAGAAGACGCCCCGUGAGCCGGAUCCCGUCCCUCGGUGUGACAAACCGUAGAAGCCGCUCUCCUGCCCGGAUGAAGUCUCCUGGAGCCGCGGGGGAUGGUGUCGCCUGCUGAAGCCGGAUAAUCACACUGCGCAGAGGUCGGCGGAGCUCCGUGUGGGAUUUAACCGGGACCCGACUAUAUUUUUUGGAUCAUUCGGGGCGUCUCUUAGCGCCCGGAGGCUUUGGCUGCGCUCGGGUCUUGAUGUCCCGGAGGCCCCGAGGAGCUCAGACCGCGGAGCCCCGGAGCAGGGCUCGGACCCCGGGGAAGUAGAGGAGUCUGCCUGUCUCCAUCCACCAUGAACCCUCUGAACCAGAUGAAGGCUGGACUGGCUAACAACCCCCACAGUGACGGCUCGUACUCCUACGACCCCUCCAGCUGGCAGCAGCCCACCAACCAGCCCACAGGAUCCCUGUCUGUGGUCACCACGGUCUGGGGAGUGACCAACCCCUCGGCCAGCCAGGGUCUGGGUGGAGGGGUGAUGGGGCCGGGGGCCAACCCCGGCGGGGGCCCCAUGAUGCAGGGCCCCGGGGGACCAGGCAUGGCGGGGGGGCCUGGAGGCUACAUGGGCCAGCAGGGCUACGGGGAGCCCAGCAAAGGCUACAUGAACCAGGGCAUGUACAGCCGGACGCCCGGGGGCUACGCCGGAGGACCGGGGGGGUACACAGGAAGCUACCAGUCGACCCCCGGAGGUUCCAGAGGCUCCGCCGACUUCACUCAAGCUGCCGCCGCCGCCGCUGUGGCUGCUGCUGCUGCCACGGCAACCGCCACCGCCACGGCAACGGUCGCCGCCAUUCAGGAGAAACAGAACCAGGAGAUGAACUACGGACAGAUGGGAGGUCCAGCCUACAGCAACCAGUUCAUGGCCCACCCGGGACCCCGCGGCCCCCCCGGCAUGCCCCCUGGAGCCAUGGGCCCCGGACCAGGCCCCAACAGGGGUCCACCCUCAAUGGGCCCCAUGUACGGCCCUACAGGCGGCCCACAGAGAGUCCCUCAGCACCCAAACUAUGGCCCGGGACCACAGCAGGGACACCUGAGGCCCCCACAGGGCCUGAAACGGCCCUACAGCUCUGAGUCGUUCCCAGGAAUGUCUCAGCAGUACGGGGUUCCCGUCGGCUCCGGGGUCAACGUCAUGUCGGGCCCCGGUGCCGCUGGUGCUUCGAUGCCAGGUUCAGCUGGAGGUGGUCACGGUGGUCCUGGUCCUGGCCCGGGUCCCUACUCCGGCCCCAACAUGCAGUACCACCAAGGUUCUGGUGGUCCAGGUUCUGCCCCCCAGCGCUCUGGCUCCUCCCCCUCCUAUCAGAGCCAUAAGAUGCCCCUCCCACAGUACCCCUCCUCUGGACCGCCCAGUUCUCCCUACUACAAGCAGGACCAGUUUAAUGGUCAGGGUGGAGGGUUAAACACUCUGACAACAGGGGGCGCUGGCGGCGCCUACAGCUCCUUCAACCAGCCAUCAGGGCCUGGGCGAGGGUUGCCUGGUUACCCCUCCUCCCCGGUCCCUGGAAACCCCACCCCUCCCAUCACGCCCUACAUGUCGCCCGGUAACGGUGACGUCAAACCGCCGCCGUCCUCCUUCAUGCCCGACAUCAAACCCAACAUGGCUGGCCUGGCCCCUCCCCCUCCUACAGGUAACCCCAGCGAUGACCUGAGGCUGACCUUCCCUGUGCGGGACGGCGUGGUCCUAGAGCCCUUCAGAUUAGAGCACAACCUGGCCGUCAGCAACCACGUCUUCCAGCUCCGAGACUCCGUCUACAAAACCCUCAUCAUGAGACCGGACCUGGAGCUGCAGUUCAAGUGUUACCACCACGAGGAUCGACAGAUGAACACCAACUGGCCGGCCUCCGUCCAGGUGAGCGUGAAUGCUACUCCUCUCACCAUCGAGAGAGGUGACAACAAAACCUCCCACAAGCCGCUGUACCUGAAGCAGGUGUGUCAGCCGGGAAGGAACACCAUCCAGAUCACCGUCACGGCCUGCUGCUGCUCUCACCUGUUCGUCCUCCAGCUGGUCCAUCGUCCCUCGGUCCGCUCCGUGCUCCAGGGCCUGAUGAAGAAGAGGCUACUUCCUGCCGAGCACUGCGUCACCAAGAUAAAGAGGAACUUCAGCAGCGGUUCGAUUCCCGGGACCCCCGGGAUGAACGGGGAGGACGGCGUGGAGCAGACAGCCAUACGCGUCUCCUUAAAGUGUCCCAUCACUUUCCGACGCAUCCAGCUUCCUGCCAGAGGACACGACUGUCGGCACAUACAGUGUUUUGACCUGGAGUCGUACCUGCAGCUUAACUGUGAGAGAGGAACCUGGAGGUGUCCUGUGUGCAAUAAAGCUGCUCUGCUCGAGGGCCUGGAGGUGGAUCAGUACAUGCUGGGAAUCCUCAUCUACGUCCACAAUUCUGAGUAUGAGGAGAUCACCAUAGACCCGGUCUGCAGUUGGAAGCCGGUCCCGGUGAAGCCAGACCUCCAUGUGAAGGAGGAGUCUGAUGGUCCGGUGUUGAAGCGCUGCAGGACGCUGAGCCCCAGUCACAUGGUCCUCCCCAGCGUCAUGGAGAUGAUCGCAUCACUAGGCCCCGCCCCCUCCUCCACCUCCCCGAUGCCGUACCCCUCCCUGCCUGCAGGGGGCAGCAACAGAAGCAACACACCGGACUACCCUGGACCAGCUCCGUCCUAUCCUGCUCCGUCUACUGGUUUCUCGGACUUCAGCGGUCCUGGGACUCCUGGGGUUGGGGGGGACUUCUCCUCCCCCGGCCCUCCCCCUCUCUCCUACCAGUCAGAGCUCUCCAGCGCCCUCCUCACCCCCGACAAACCUCCCCCUCACCCUCACCCGAUGGCUGGACAGAUGUCACUGUCCGGCCGUCUGGACUCCACUUCCCAUGGUGCUCCUCUCUCCCAGCAGCAAUCACAGGGUCUCCAUGGCAACUCCCAAAUUGGGGGCAACAACCAGAUGAUGCAGCGUAGCAACCAGAAUCCCCGUCUCCAAGGCGACGGCUCCUUUGGGCUGGGGGGGUCUGCAGAUGCAGAACCUUCUCUGGACUUGCUGCCAGAGUUGACCAACCCGGACGAGUUGCUGUCGUACCUCGGACCUCCUGACCUCCCGAACAACAACAACGACGACCUUCUGUCUCUGUUCGAGAACAACUGAACACAAUGAAGAACUUCACUGUAACAUAAAGGAACUCGACGGCUGGGCCAAGAUGGCCGCCGUCCACACAGGAUGGAGAGAACAUUUAGAAGAAAAGGAAAAAAAACAACUACUUUUAAAUAUGAAAAGUCUUUGAUGUGCGUCUAUGAAGUUGAUGGUAACUUUAUUUUAUUGUUUUUUAUUCUCUGAACUGUAUUUGAUGCUUCAUUCUUCAUUCCCCGUCAGAGCUGACACACAAACUAUUUAAAGAGUUCGACUACAGACCACAACGUUUUUACCAAAUAAAGGAGGAGGAGGUUUGUAGUUAACGCCGUGGUGAGAUUGAAAAGGUUUAAACGGGUGAAGCUUUAAAGGAGGAAUCCUCCUGGUUUCCCCCUCAGAUAAAGGAGACGCUGAAUAUUCACACUCGGCCACAGAACCGACGCUCGUCUGAAUAAACUGAUUCAAAGAAAUGUUUCUCCAGCAUCAACACCUUCAUUUUAUUUAUUUAGAACUGCUAACAGAAGCUAAUGGCUUUUUCCACUAGAAUAUUUUCUCAAAUGAGUCGAUUAAUUUCCAUUAUUGAGUUUGUUUGAUCCAUUUUAAACGUUUUUGUGGAGGAGGAUGUUUUUCUGAGAUGAUCUGAGAACAUCGGUCCCAGUUCUUAGUCCAAACUCGGGGUGAAUCUGUUUAUUGUCGUCUCUUCUUCACCUUCUGUGGCCGAGUGUUGAACCACAUCUGGAGCGGAGAAGGUUCGUCUCCGUAAAUGAAACCGGGCUUCACCGUCAUCUUCUUCAUCGUCGUCGUCUUCAUCCUGUGUGUCGUAACGUGACUAGAGUCCAGGCCGUUGUGGUGUCUCCAUGUCUCAGUGAGUCCGGUGGCUUCUACAUGAUGAGUGUAUGAUUCAGUAACGAGAAUAAUAACCUUUGUAAUUUAAUAAACACACACACUGGAAAGAC